GAGAGAGAGAGAGAGAGAGAGAGAGAGAGAUGGGGAGAAAACCUUGCUGUGAUAAAGAAGGGCUAAACAAGGGAGCAUGGUCAGCUUGGGAAGAUAAAGCCCUUACCAACUACAUUGAAACAAAUGGAGAAGGAAAAUGGCGAGACCUUCCUCAAAGAGCUGGACUAAACCGGUGUGGAAAGAGCUGUAGACUGCGAUGGUUGAAUUAUCUUAGGCCUGGCAUUAAGAGAGGUAACAUUUCCAGUGAAGAAGAGGAGCUCAUCAUUAGACUGCACAAGCUUCUUGGAAACAGGUGGUCAUUGAUCGCUGGAAGAUUGCCGGGGCGAACAGACAAUGAGAUCAAGAACUACUGGAACACCAGUCUGAGUAAGAAAACGGAACAAGGAAGUGACAAGGCUCCUCAUGAGCGUAGUAGUACUGCUAAGUCAAACGAGUACACACCAAAACCGAAAUCAGAACCAAAGUCACAUCGGACGGUCCAGGUGAUUCGAACAAAAGCAUUUAAGUGCAGGAAGGUUGUCAUCCCAUCACAUUUGGACGGUCACGAUCAAAUGGUUGAUAGAUCAAAUGUAAACCCUGGUUUGGUCCCGUGUGAAAGCCCUAGUCCAUCAGGGGCUCAGGAUCAUCAGGAGGACUCACCGCUGUGUGGUAUGCUAAUCGAUUUCAAUAUCGAUGACCUCAUAUCUGAUUUGCUAAACACAGAUAAAUUUCUUCAAGAUCAAAUCAAUAAAUGUGAUCAAGAAAUGGAAGACGGAAUCACCAAGCUUGAAGAUUUGACGGGUGAAGCAAUGCUGGAAAAUUGGACGGCUACUGAUCAUGAUCAUCACGAUGACCCGAUAUUUCAGCCAAAUGAUGAUCAAGAUCGUGUCGACCGCCUCAAUGCAAUUUCAUAUUUUCUGAAUUCUGACGACGGUGAUGAAAAGUGAAGGCAUUAAAAAUCGAUCAAAUCCUAGCUAAUGUUAAUGUUGACAAUAAAACAUUCCUUUAAGAGA